AUGCAAUGCAACACUUGUAACGAAAUCGGACACCUUGAAUCAAACCACGAUAAAAUUAUUGAAAUCAGAGAAAAAAGAAAAAGAAUUAAGCAAUCUAAGAAAGUCAAGAAAGAUUCAAGAAAUUUAAAUUUAAUCGAUCAAAAAUACUCAGUCUCUGAUAAUAAAUAUGAAAACAACUUAAAAACACGCAAGAUCUCAACAAUUAAGCCACCCAAAAAAAAACAUUCAUCCUCCUGUUAA